AUGGAGAAGCCCAACGAAAGCCGGAAUGGCUACCUGGAGCCCACGGUGGUGUCCGGCUUCGAAGGCGGAGACGACGGGGCCGAGCCACCCCGCCUCAAGCUCUUCCAGCUGCGGGGCUUCGGGCGCUUCCUGAAGAAAAACUGCAUCGUGAUCUUGACCGUGUCCGGGGUAGUGGCCGGCGUGGCGCUGGGCUCUCUGGCGAGGCACCUGCACCUCAGCCAGGCUCAGGUCUCCUACCUGGCCUUCCCAGGAGAGAUGCUGCUGCGCAUGCUCAAGAUGAUCAUCCUGCCGCUGGUGGUGUGCAGCCUGGUCUCUGGCGCUGCCAGCCUGGACACGCGGUCGCUGGGCAAGCUGGGCGGCAUCGCCAUCUCCUACUUCUUGGUCACCACCCUGAUGGCCUCGGCCCUCGCCAUUGCCCUCGCCUUCAUCAUCAAACCCGGGGUUGGUGCGGGGGCGCUUAACAAGGAUGAGCUGGGCUUGGACGAAGCCAUGCCCGUCACGAAGGAGACCGUGGACUCCUUCCUGGACCUGGCGAGAAACUUAUUUCCAUCAAAUCUCAUUGUUGCAGCCUUUCGAUCGUAUGCCACUGACUAUAAAGCAAUAGUAAGAAAUAUAACCAAUGAAAAUGGUACCAUUGUAAAGUACAUCACUGAUUACAAAGCAGUAAUAAAUGCUAGCCUUGGGAAUGCUACCAUUGAAAAGUUCCCAGUUGGCACUGAGACUGAAGGAAUGAAUAUUCUGGGCUUAGUUCUCUUUGCUCUGGUUUUGGGAGUAGCCUUGAAAAAGCUUGGCCCUGAAGGUGAAGAACUCAUUCGUUUCUUUAAUUCCUUCAAUGAGGCAACCAUGGUCAUCGUGUCUUGGAUUAUGUGGUACGUACCUCUUGGCAUAAUGUUUCUUGUUGGAAGCAAGAUCGUGGAAAUGGAUGAUAUAGUCCUGCUGGUGACAAGCCUCGGAAAAUAUAUCUUUGCUUCAAUUUUGGGCCAUAUUAUCCACGGAGGGAUCAUUUUACCUCUUAUUUAUUUCUCAAUCACACGCAACAAUCCUUUUACUUUUAUGUUAGGACUUAUAACACCGUUUACUACAGCCUUUGCUACUUGUUCCAGCUCUGCAACUCUUCCAUCGAUGAUCAAAUGCAUUGAAGAUAACAAUGGUGUAGACAAAAGGAUUAGUAGGUUUAUUCUGCCUAUUGGAGCGACUGUGAAUAUGGACGGAGCUGCUAUUUUCCAGUGCAUAGCUGCUGUCUUUAUUGCUCAGCUAAACAACUUCAACCUCAACAUUGGACAGAUUUUUACCAUUCUUGUCACUGCUACUGCAUCCAGUGUGGGAGCUGCUGGAAUCCCAGCUGGGGGGGUUCUAACUAUAGCCAUUAUCUUGGAGGCCAUUGGACUCCCCACCAAUGAUAUCUCACUCAUAUUGGCCGUGGAUUGGAUUGUGGACCGGACCACCACAGUUGUGAAUGUAGAAGGGGACGCCUUUGGAGCCGGCAUCCUUCAUUAUCUGAAUCAAAAAGAAGCUAAGGAGAAAGAGGCAGAAAUAAAUGAAGUCCACGUAGAAGCCAUUCCAAACAGCAAGGCUGAAGGGGAGACCUCGCCUCUGGUAACGCACACGAAUCCAUCUAUCCCCGCUCCAUCAGCUAGUACUAAAGAUCUAGAAUCUAAAGAAUCAGUUCUAUGAAUGAGAAGAAAGGGGGACGUUCUGUUGACAUUGCAUUUUGGAGACUAUGUCUUUAACUUUGAAGAGACUCUGCAGCCAUGUGGCAUUGAGCAAAUGUGUCCCUUUUCUAUGCAGGGGGUAUGGAACACAGUGGCAUGCCCGCCACAGACUACUAAGUGUGUGUGUGUGUGUGUGUGUGUGUGGUGUGUUUCUCCCCACCUCACCCCUCCUUUGAGAAUGGGAGACCUUUGUGGGGAGAUAGUGAUGUUUCAUAUUGAUGCAUGUGUACACAAAUACGCAGCACACAUGUACAGAUAUGAAUGGAAGCCAUUUUAGCAAAGCUUUUUCUUUUGUUGACCUAAAGUUAAAGGCCCACCUCACAGGGUAGGUUAUGAACGUUAGAACGUGCUAGGCAAGGCCACUUUGUUAGGCUGAGUUAUAUGGGAAAAGAAAUUGAGUUUCCUCCAGUUAUUAUAUCAAGCUUGCUAUGUUGUAUUUUGAAAGACACCGUCUCCUGGAAGGGAAACUUCGUCUUGAUUUCAGACCACAGAUUGUGGGGCAUAAUAACCAACUUGUUCCCACUGCUAUUCCUACUACUUGUAGUUGGAGAAAUCAGAGAAGUGGAGCCCCUUGGAGAAGCAGAAUGGAAUUGAACCAAUGUAUGUCAGAUAUGUGUGGCUAAUGGCAAUUAGUCCUAACUAUCCUAAAAAGUACUAUUGUAAUUUAUAUUUCUGUCUUCCCAACUCUUCCCUCAAGCCAUUUAAAGCAUCUGUAUAUGUUGAGGCAUUUUAAAAUAAUGUUUUAAGUGGCCCAAAUAAGAAAUGGUAAGAAGCUGAAUCAACACCCGUUACUGUGCAAAAACUGUCACAAUGACAUUUAUGUGACAACCUCUAAGACUGUUUUCACACAAGACACUUAAAUUGCCUUUGAGCCUCUCUCAGCUCUUUACGUUAACAUCUGACUGUUGUUUAUGCAGAGGAGAUACAUUUGUAAUGUGAAUGAGCCUUCUGGAUGUUUGCGAAGUAUUCAUAACAUGCUUCAAACCAAUUGAAGAAGUGAUUUAAUCUUCCGGUGAAGCUACCCUAACUUUGAUUUCUGCCUAUUGCUGGUGCUGC